UGUGUCCCACUCUUAAACUGAGAUCAGCCGAUUCGGCACGGCAGUGAGAGCGGGACAGCAUUCCCGCCAAGAAAGACUCGAAAGGGUUUGAUCCUAGGAUGGAGGAAGAAAUGGAAUGACCCAGGAAGCUGAAGCUGGUUGGAUCCAUGAGUCACGAAUAAGGGCGGGCAGCUGUCGGUUGUAACCAUCACCUCUUUGAUUAUGGUGUGACUAGUUUCACACUAAGUAGACUAGGGACUGUGACUGGACUUGUAAAUGGACACUUGUCCACAUGAACGAGAGCCAGAAUAGCUUUCUAACCAUUAUAUGGAGACUGUUUCCAGUUAAAGUCAUUGAGCCUGGUACUUACCAUCAAUGCUUGACAUUCAAGACAUUUUUGAUUCCUAUUUUUAUAAAUCAAGUUCUGAGAAGUUAAAAAAAAAAAAAACCUGAAUGAAAUAGUGUCACAAUGUAAAGAAAACCGUAUAGAUGUUACCCUGUAGUGGGUUCUCUUAAUUUUAUUAUGCUAUAAAAUGGAACAGCAGGUGUUCACAGGUACUAAGUGGGUUGUGUGCCAAUAUCACCAAAGCUUUCAGUGCCAACCAAAUUAGUUGGCUUUUGGCUACUUUUUUUUUUCCUAUUAAAAAUUUAUUACAAGAAAUGGACUCUGAAUUCACCAAAGACUAGUGCUGUACUCACAAAAAUCAUUUGGCCAUGUUAGAAGACACGUUUUGGGAAGAAGAAAUCUGGGAAUAUAAAUGUAAAAGAAAACCCAAACCCGUACAUCCAAAUAAUUGUUCUGAAAAUAUUUCAGAAUCUGUUGAAAAAGCAACAGAUGGAAAACACCAGUCAAAAGGAAAAGGACAUGAAAAGGGGACUUCAGAAAACCCAGGCAAGACGAAGGACCACAAAGCGUGCCUUGCAGAAACAGGCAGUCAGAUUUCUGCAGGUUCCAGUCAGAGUUCGAGCUGUAGAGAUGAGAGUCAGCAGUCUCAAAGCAAAGAGACAACACCGAAAAAGCAACAUAGAACUCGCAGAGGGAAGCAAGUGACCCCGAAGGUGCGCCCCGUUUAUGAUGGAUACUGCCCAAGCUGCCAGAUGCCCUUCUCCUCAUUGCUGGGUCAGACGCCCCAGUGGCAUGUGUUUGAGUGUUUGGAUUCUCCACCUAUCUCUGACACAGAAUGUCCUGAGGGUUUGCUGUGUACCUCCACAAUUCCUUCCCAUUAUAAGAAAUACACUCACAUCCUGCUCGCUCAAAGUCGAGAUAGCAAGGAGCCUCUGGGCAGCCCCCCGGAUGCAUUGGCUGGGCUGUUUGCUGCAGCGGCGCCAGGUUCUCCUUGUCACCUUGAGGAAAGACGGUCUAUGACUCUGGAAACUGAGAACUUAAGAAAAGUCUUAGAUCACUCUUUGUUGAUGAUGCAGUAUCUAAAAACAUCUCAGCCUCCAGCUGAAACCAACAGGAAGAAUGUCUCUUCCCCAUGUUCUCAAACAUCGCCAGUUCCACAGUGUGCAGAGUUCGUCAAGAGAGACCAGCUGGUGGGAGGUGGAUCGCCUCUUGCUGAGGUUGCAUUAAACAGCCAAAGCAAGUCAGGGAGUAUGGGUUUGCCAUUGCCAGAAAAUGACGCUGACAGCUGUGAGAUCUCUUAUUCUCCGCUGCACAGUGAUGAAGAGACUUACGACGUAGACCAAGAGCUGGAUGAUUCACAGCAGGAACUAUUUUUUACCCAAAGCUCUAAAGACAGCAGCCUAGAAGAAGAUGGCUCUGCCAUAUUUGAAAACCUUCAUGGUCCCUCCCCAAAGGAAGCAGAGGGGAUCUGGCCCACAGCGAAGAGCCUGGUUACCCAGGCUAGGUGUAGUGCACCGAGUGAAGGCAGUACACUAAGUGACUCUUUUCUGCUUCUCUCCAACACCUCGAACAGGCUUUCCCAAGAAGACCCAUCACACACAGAUGCGGCCUUCCACUUGCUUUCACCUGCGUUGGCAGUGGGAGGUGCUGCUUCUAAUUAUAGGACCAGUAAGGCCAAGCCUGAUGAGCCAGAAAAAUUCCUCUCACUUGCAUCAAGUCAUCAGCAACAGAAAAUUGAAACGUCAGCUGUUGGCAAUCAUAUUUCUCUGCCAUUACUUACAAGGGCCAGGUCAAAGCCACUUGAAAAGGAGGGAGGCGAGCGUCUGCCUUUGCAUCCAACCCAAAGUCAGACCAGAGGAUCACCGCGCAAGGGCUUGGGUGCUGCAGGUGCUAACUGUGCCUGCAGGAAUGCACAGAAGCGCUCUAGCAUGCCUCUUGACAAGCCCUUGGGCACAUCGCCUGCCAGUCCCAAGGGCAGCCCGAGCCAACCGUCUAAGAAAGUAAUGAAGCAAAUGGAUAUAGGCGUGUUUUUUGGACUACCACCCAAAAGACAAGAGAUGUCACUGCAGGAAAGUGCAUCAGAAGGGCCCAAUGUCAGUCCAGUUGUGAGUCCCAACCAAAAGAGGCCCUGGUUGUGCAAGAGGAAAGCUCAGAGCUCUCUGAGUGACUUAGAGUUUGAUGCAAAGAAUUUAAAGGCGAGUCAGCACUCUGAGGAACCGUCUGGAGAGAAGACGCAGCAUCGAAGAAAGAGACAUAAAACGUCAAAUUCACCACGGGAAGGAACAUACCAGAGAAGGUCAGGCCACCUCAUGAACAACCCAGAGUUGGGAACCGUCAGCCUCAGCAAAGGCAAAGCCUUUGUAAGACGGACGCGUGGCAGGACGCAGAGAGGGAACAUGAACAUUUCAGAGUCCUCUGGUACAGGGGAAGUGAGAAGAACAUGUCCGUUCUAUAAGAGAAUCCCCGGGACUGGCUUCACUGUGGAUGCUUUUCAGUACGGUGAGAUCGAAGGCUGCACCGCCUACUUCCUUACACAUUUCCAUUCUGAUCAUUAUGCCGGGUUGUCCAAGGACUUCACAAGGCCAGUCUAUUGCAGCGAGAUAACGGGCAAUCUGUUGAAGAAGAAGCUUCGAGUGCAAGAGCAAUACAUCCAUCAGCUGCCGAUGGACACCGAGUGUGUCGUGGACAGCGUCAGGGUGGUUUUGCUGGAUGCCAAUCACUGUCCAGGUGCUACCAUGAUCCUUUUCCAGCUUCCCAACGGUGCUGUCAUACUGCACACCGGAGACUUCCGAGCCGACCCCAGCAUGGAACGCUCUCUCCUGGCGAGCCGCAAAGUCCACACACUGUUCCUAGAUACCACAUACUGCAGCCCAGAAUAUACCUUCCCGUCACAGCAGGAGGUUAUCCAGUUUGCCAUCAACACUGCCUUUGAGGCUGUAACUCUAAACCCACGUGCCCUUGUCGUCUGCGGCACCUACUGCAUCGGAAAGGAGAAAGUCUUCCUAGCCAUUGCCGAUGUUUUAGGUUCAAAGGUGGGCAUGUCCCAAGAAAAGUAUAAAACCUUGCAGUGCCUCAAUAUACCAGAAGUCAGUUCCCUCAUAACCACAGACAUGUGCGACUCUUUGGUUCACCUCCUCCCAAUGAUGCAAAUUAAUUUUAAGGGUUUGCAGAACCAUUUGAAGAAGUGUGGUGGGAAAUACGAUCAGAUUUUGGCGUUCCGACCCACAGGAUGGACACACUCUAACAACAUAACCAGCACAGCGGAUAUUAUUCCCCAGACAAAAGGAAAUAUAUCGAUAUAUGGGAUUCCCUACAGUGAACACAGCAGCUACUUAGAAAUGAAGCGUUUUGUCCAGUGGCUGAAGCCACAGAAAAUCAUCCCCACUGUCAAUGUCGGCAGCUUUCAGUCUAGGAACGCGAUGGAGAAAUACUUUAAGGAGUGGAGACUGGAAGCCGGAUACUGAUGCUGUCACAGACGUCAGCUGGGUUCCGUACGGCAGGCGGCGAUAAUGAAAUCUAAAUUGAUGUGAGGUUCGGGCCAUGAGAACAGUCUCAGGACUGCGCUCCUCCCUCGCUUUGAACAGUGAUACACCCAAGGUGCUGGGUGCCUUCAGAACCCCCAGUGACCACUGAGAGUAGCUCUUCCCAGUCCCUUUCACUCUGAAUCUCUUCCCCAUGGGUUAACGGCCAUCUGCAGCAAACAUGGAGACCAGCCACCAAGCAUUAUCUAUAUAGUAAUGAAACGAACCUUUUAUAUGAUAUGUAUUCUUAAAUAAAAUUUAAUAUAGAACUUA